AUGGCGCCUGGACAAGGUGGCUAUCGCCAAAUAAACAAGGCUCUCAAUAUUUGUGUCUUUGAAGAUUAUCUAGAUGGACAGCAAACAUAUUUACCAAAAUUAGAGAAUGUCGUACAACUCAGCCCGCGGGUUAUUCGCGUUCUUGGGCAAAAUCCAGGAAAAUUUACUCUUCAGGGAACAAAUACAUAUAUCGUCGGUACGGGAGAGAAACGUCUUAUUAUCGAUACCGGUCAGGGUAUUCCAGACUGGGCUGAUCUGAUCUCCUCUACCCUAACCGAGAAUCAAACCUCACUAUCCCAUGUAUUUCUUACGCACUGGCAUGGCGAUCACACGAAAGGUGUUCCCGAUUUGCUUCAGAUGUACCCCGAUCUCUCUUCAUCAAUUUAUAAGCAUACACCAAGCAAAACCCAGCAACCUAUUCUAGACGGCCAAAUUUUCAAGGUCGAAGGCGCCACUCUCCGCGCAGUGCACUCUCCAGGUCACUCAAAAGACCACAUGUGCUUUAUUCUCGAGGAAGAGCAAGCCAUGUUCACUGGCGACAACGUUUUAGGCCACGGUACCGCUGCGGUAGAGCAUCUCAGUACUUGGAUGGCUGCUCUGCGCAAGAUGCAAACCUACAAUUGCAUCAAAGGUUACCCGGCUCACGGUACUGUUGUCGAUGAUCUACAAGCCAAGAUUGGGAUCGAAUUAUCGCAAAAGAUACGACGUGAACGACAAGUUUUACACAAUCUGGAACAGAGUAAACGCAAGGAGAGAGCUUAUGGCGGGCGUGGCAAAGGAAGUGUUACAGUCAAGGAACUUGUGACUGCUGUCUAUGGAAGUAAUAUGGAUGAUGAGCUCCGCGAAAUGGCGCUGGAGCCUUUAAUGGAUGAGGUUCUGCGGAAAUUAUCUGAGGAUGGGCUCGUAGCAUUUGAAAUGAGGGCGGCGGUUAAGAAGUGGUUUUCAAUAGAAAUAGUCUGA